GGGUGGUGGUAAGGGUGAGCUGGUGACAAAGACGAGAGAGAGUGAGAGCUUACAGUAUGCGAUCACUGUUCUGCUGCAUUACUCUACAAUGCAAUUUCUACGUCGUCCUCUCCCUCCCUCAUUCCUCUCUGUAAGCAGUAAUCUCCGCUCACUCUCGCUGCCUCGCAGCUCUCUGCCCUGCCACAACGCAUCUCUCCCAUCGGCUCUACUUUUCCCCCACUGAGGAUGACAUCCACAAAUUUGAUGAACCAGCGAAGCUCUCAUUCUGGUUGGAGGCUACCAAGGGAGACCCCACAUGAACGGGCUUACUGGACAAGGAGGUGCCGCGUCUAAGGAGCUUCACAGAAAACCAAUCAGCUCUGCUUAUCUCUGGGUUGAGCAAGAGAUUUCACUGGUCCAGAGGAAGAUGUCUGACCUCGAGUCAGUGCUCCAGCAGAAGGACAUAGAGCUGAAGGCCUCAGAGACUCAGAGGACAAUCUUGGAACAGGACCUGGCAACUUACAUCACAGAAUGCAGUAGCCUAAAGCGCAGUUUGGAACAAGCACGUAUGGAAGUGUCCCAAGAGGACGAUAAAGCACUGCAGCUCCUCCAUGACAUCCGGGAGCAGAGCAACAAACUUCAAGAGAUCAAAGAACAGGAAUAUCAUGCUCAGCUGGAGGAGAUGCGAGUUUCCGUCAGACAGCUGGAGGAGGACCUGUCUGCAGCCCGUCGCCGUAGCGACCUGUAUGAGGCUGAGCUGAAAGAGUCUCGACAGGCCAAUGAGGAGCUGAAGAGGAAGGCUGCAGACUACCAGCAUAGGAUACAGAAGGCCAAAGAGCAAGGCAAAGCAGAAGUAGAGGAGAUGGUUGCCAAGCUGGAAAAGGCCAGUGUUGAGCAGCAGACAAAGAUCCAGGACCUACAAGAGAAGCUUGCCAAGGCACUGAAGGCCAGUGCUGAGGCAACUGACCUUCUUCAGAGUCUCAGAGUAGUCAAAGAGCGCCUGGAGCGGGAUCUAGAGAGGCUUCAGAAUAAGGAAGACUCCAGCGACAGCCUGCGCAGGCGUCUCCGUGAGACUGAGGAUGGAAGGAAGACUUUGGAGAACCAGGUGAAAAGGUUGGAGAUUGUUGAACGCAGAGAGACGAAGCUGAAAGAUGAGCUGCAGAGCAAGGCCCAGCAGAUUCAGCAGAUGACAGAUAAGAUUCUGGAGCUAGAGGAGAAUCUUCGAGAAACCCAAGGCACUGCCCAGAGGUUAGACACUCAUCUGAAACAGAAGGAAAAGCUCUUCGAAGACAAGAUAAAGGUGCUGGAGACUCAGAUGAAGGCGGAUAUGGCUGAUAAGGAGAUGCUGGAGUCCAGUCAGAGCAAAUAUGAGGAGGAGGUGCGGGAGAAGUGCAGCGUCAUCAGUGAACAGAAGGCGACCAUUAAUGCAAUGGACUCAAAAAUGAACAGCCUGGAGCAGAGAAUUGCUGAGCUGUCUGAGGCCAACAAACUGGCAGCCAACAGCAGCAUCUACACCCAGAAAAACAUGAAAGCUCAGGAGGAGAUGAUCUCGGAGCUUCGCCAGCAGAAGUUUUACCUGGAAUCUCAGUCUGGGAAGCUGGAGGCCCAGAAUGCCAAACUGGAGGAGCAUCUAGAGAAAAUGAGUCAGCAAGAGCAAAGCAAUAAGAGCCGCGUAAUGGAGCUAGAAACCAGGCUCCGAGAGAUUGGGCUGGAGAAUGAGGAGCAGAAGCUGGAAAUCAAGCGUCAGGUGACAGAGCUGACCUUGUCACUGCAAGAGCGCGAAUCUCAGAUAAGCAACCUGCAGGCAGCUCGCCAUGCCCUGGAGAGCCAGCUACAGCAGGCCAAGACUGAGCUGGAAGAGACCACAGCAGAGGCUGAGGAGGAGAUCACGGUGCUCAGAGCACACAGAGAUGAGAUACAACGCAAGUAUGAUGCCUUGAGAGACAGCUGUGCUGUGAUCACAGACCUUGAGGAGCAGCUGACCACACUGACUCAGGAGAAUGCUGAGUUGAAUCGCCAGAACUUCUACUUAUCCAAGCAGCUGGAUGAGGCCUCAGAUGAGAGGGAGGAUAGACUGCAUCUCACCCAGGAUGUGGACAGGCUGCGGCGUGAGGUGGCUGACCGUGAAAUGCACCUUAACAACCAGAAACAGAACCUUGAGACUCUGAAGACCACGUGCACCAUGCUGGAGGAACAGGUUCUGGAGCUGGAGACCAUGAACGAUGAGCUGCUGGAGAAGGAGAGACAAUGGGAGGCCUGGAGGACAACGCUAGAGGAGGAGAAAAGCCAGGCUGAGAGGAGGACCAGGGAUGUUCAGAGGCUGUUGGACACUGAGAAACAGAGCAGGCUUCGUGCAGAGCAGCGCAGCUCUGAGUCUCGCCAGGCUGUGGAGCAGGCAGUUAAGGAGCACAAAGCUGAGAUCCUGGCCCUGCAACAGGCCCUUAAAGACCAGAAACUCAAGGCUGAAAGCCUUGCAGAUACUCUCAAUGAUCUGGAAAAAAAGCAUGCCAUGCUGGAGAUGAACGCCCGUAGUUUGCAGCAAAAGCUAGAGAGCGAACGGGAUGUGAAGCAGAGAAUGCUGGAAGAACAAGAGAAACUGCAGCAGCAGAUGGAUGCUCAGAAGACCCACAUUUUCCGCCUGACCCAGGGGCUGCAGGAUGCUUUGGACCAGACUGAUCUGCUCAAAACGGAGAGAACUGAUCUGGAAUACCAGCUGGAGAAUAUCCAGCUCCACCUGCAGGCUGUAUACUCUCAUGAGAAGGUGAAAAUGGAAGGAACCAUCACCCAGCAGACCAAGCUCAUAGACUUCCUUCAGACACAGGCCCAUGGUGGCUCCAAGAAGAAAAAGGGUCUUUUUGGGCGCCGUCGGGAGGAUCUGUUGGCUGCCAUGGCGGCUCAGGCCCAGGCUCAGGGUCAGGGUCAGAGUCCAGGCCAGGUUUCUCCUGUGCCCCCCAUCCAGCCCGUGCCUCUGCAGUACAGUGACAUGAAGGCAGCUUUGGAUAAAGAGCGUGCUCGUUGCUCUGAGCUGGAAGAUGCUCUGCAGAAAAUGAGAGGAGAGCUCCGAUCGCUAAGAGAAGAAGCUCUCCAGUAUAAGGAUCAUGGCAACGCUGCAAACCCUGCCACAGCCCGACAGCAGAUAAUCAUGGCUGCCAUGGUGAAGUCUCCAGAGCACCAGCAGGGCCCGACCAGCCUGGUACCCUCCAACUCUGGACGCAGGAAGGAUACUCCAACACCUGAAGAAGGAAGGAGAGUCACUUUUGAAAAGUACAGUCGUCGCUUGAAGGACAGUCAGAGAGACAGAGAGCGGGAGAGAGAGAAGGUGGUGCACCACAACACCCCUCACCGAUUCUCAGUGGGACUCAACAUGAGAGCCGCCAAGUGUACUGUGUGCCUGGAUACUGUUCACUUUGGUCGCCAAGCAGCGACCUGUCUCGAGUGUCACGCUUUGUGUCACCCAAAAUGCUCCGCCUGCCUCCCAUCUACAUGUGGCAUGUCCAGCGACUGCUCCCUGCACCUGUCCGAAGGCCUGUGUCGAGACAAAGGCAGCUCUCCGGCACAGCAGCUCAAAGAGGCCGGCGGACACAUGCACCUGGAGGGAUGGAUGAAGCAGCCCAGGAAUGGAAAACGAGGCCAGGGCUGGGAGAGAAAAUACGUGGUCCUGGAUGGCACUAAAGUGUCCAUCUACGACAUUGAGCCCAGAGAAGAGUCUGUGAAGCCUCUGGAGGAGUUUGACCUGUGUCUGUCUGAUGGAGAAGUGGUGGUUCAUGGAGCUGUAGGAGCAUCUGAGCUGCCAAACACUGCCAAGUCAGAUGUUCCCUACGUCCUGAAGCUAGAGUCCCGUUGUCACCCUCCCUGCUGGCCUGGUCAGGCUAUCUACUUCAUGGCCCCCAGUUUCCCAGACAAACAGCGCUGGGUGGCUGUGAUGGAGUCUGUGGUGGCUGGUGGACGAGCUUCUCGGGAGAAGGCGGAGGCUGACGCAGCUGCUGUGUCCAAAAGACAAAUGGUUCUGUCUCCACUGGUCCAGAAGCUGCUUGGAAAUUCUCUACUUAAGCUGGAAGGAGAUGACAGACUGGAUAUUAACUGCACCCUGCCUCUCACAGAUCAGAUUGUUCUGGUGGGAUCUGAGGAGGGACUCUAUGCACUGAAUGUUAUCAAAAACUCUCUGACUCAUAUCCCAGGCCUGGGAUCAGUUUUUCAGAUACAAAUCAUCAAGGAGCAGGAGAAACUGCUGAUGAUUGUUGGGGAUGAGAGAGCGUUAUGUUUGGUGGAGAUUAAGAGGGUGAAGCAGUGUCUGGCUCAGUCCCACCUGCCCAGCCAGUCUGAACUGGCUCCUUACAUCUUUGAGACAGUAAAAGGAUGUCAUCUGUUUGCUGCUGGAAGAGUGGACAACGGGCCUUGUAUAUGUGCUGCUAUGCCAAAUAAAAUAACCAUUCUGCGCUACAAUGACAAUCUUAACAAAUACUGCAUUCGUAAGGAAAUUGAAACUCUGGAGCCCUGCAGUUGCAUCCAUCUUACCAGCUACAGCAUCAUCAUUGGCACCAACAAGUUCUAUGAGAUUGAAAUGAAGCAGUAUGUACUUGAAGAGUUCUUGGACAAGAACGACGUGUCUCUGGCUUCAGCUGUGUUUGCAGCCUCUUCUCACAGUUUCCCCAUCGCCAUCAUGCAGGUGGCCAGCAGUAUGCAGAAGGAGGAAUACGUUCUAUGUUUUCAUGAGUUUGGUGUGUUUGUGGACUCUUAUGGACGAAGAAGCCGCACUGAGGAAAUCAAGUGGAGCCGUCUGCCUCUGUCUUUUGCCUACAGAGAACCCUACCUGUUUGUGACCUACUUCAACUCCCUGGAUGUCAUCGAGAUUCAGGGACACGCAGCUUUGGGUCCCACAGUUCUGGCCCACCUUGACAUUCCAAACCCUCGUUACCUGGGCCCAGCCAUCUCUUCUGGAGCCAUUUACCUCGCCUCCUCCUACCAGAACAAACUGCGGGUCAUCUGCUGUAAGGGAAGCCUGAUCAGAGAGUCGGGAGAGCUGCAGAGGACCGGCUCCAGUCGAGGUAGUCCCAGUAAGAGAGGCCCCCCCACCUACACAGAGCACAUCACAAAGCGUUUAACUUCGGGCCCUGGCAGCCAUGACGGCUUGCAUCGGGAGCCAAGCACCCCGCACCAUUACCGGGAAGGUCGCACUGAAUUCAGAAGAGAUAAAUCUCCUGCUCGUCCACUGGACAGGGAGAAGUCACCAGGCAGGGUGCUGGACAGUCGCAGGGAGAGGUCUCCGGGGAGAUUCGGGGACAGCACUCGGCUGCAUGCGGGGUCCGUCCGAACACAGCUGGCCCCUGUUAAUAAGGUGUGGGAUCAGUCAUCAGUGUGAACCCUCAGUGCCACUCACAGCUGGAGGCCGAAGAGAACACAAGAAACCCUUAAUUCACUCUAA